AUGAAGGGCACGUUGCGGAAUACCUAUGACGGCUGUCACGUCAGCGUCAGCACGAGGCCCGGCGGGCCCGGGGUGCUUUGGGUCCCGGUCCCGGAGGAUAACCUAGGCAAGACGGCGACGCACGAGGUCGGGCAUCGGUUUGCACUUUUCUAUGUCUUAGAUGGGUUCGACUAUGAUGGCGAAGGAGACUUGAUCGAUGGCACGCUGGUAACGAAGGUGGCUACUGUUGGGUGCCCUCCGAGCCAGCAUUCCUGUCCUGAUCAACCUGGGCUGCAUCCGAUUCAUAAGUACAUGGACCACGCUAAGCACACUUGCCUUUCCGAGUUUACUCCUUUGCAGGAGGAAGGUAUGUAUCGCUCUUCCAAUACCCUGUGGAUAGGUAGAUAG